ACCGAGGUAUGUCUGUAGACUGCCGACAUGGGAUGAGUAAACGGCUAUCAAUUGUCGCCGAUCUAUGCAUCUGACAUUGUUGUGGGAUCUCGGCUAUCUCAAGUCCGGUACAAACUGACAACACGAUACUGAAACCUUAAAAUAAAUCGGCCAGAACUUGUGCCAGUGCUACGCACACGGGGUUGGCUCUGGCUGCAUCAUGGAAGACAGAGUUGUGUUGCGAUGAUUUUCGUGGUGCGAAGGAAUAGAUCACGACCAUGUUGCUGGACAACGUCGUGAGCUUACGGAGAUCUCUCGUCGGGGUCACCGGUAGGCUAAUUGCGGGGUUGUCUGUUUUGUGUCGUCAGUUGAAGUCGCAGGUUCGACAGAAAGCGAGCGCGAGUGACACUGCUGGCAGUCAUGUAAUUGUCACACAGAACACGAUGGCAGACGGAAGACAAAUGAUCGUGAAGGCGAGGUACGCCUUUCAGGGGACGGAUGAGGAUGAACUGUCCUUCAAGAAAGGUGACAUCAUUACCAUCACACAGGUUGUUGAAGGUGGAUGGUGGGAAGGAGUGUUGAAUGGACGUGUGGGCUGGUUCCCAAGUAACUAUGUGAAGGAGGUCAAAAAUGUCCCAGGGGUUGCUCCUCACCAUGGUGACGUCAGGAUACGUUCUGGAGACCAGCAAAAACUUAUUGAUGUUGGACCACUGUCCCCCACACCAAAGAGCCCCCCAGCAGGUACAGGCAGAACUGCAGAGCAGAUCACCUGUCGAACCCUGAGUGUAUGAUGUUGUGUGGGAACCUGGAGGAUGUAGUCAACAUGCAGCAGGCCCUGCUCAAGAACCUGGAGGACUGUGCAAAUCUGAUGACACUGACCACUGGUCUGAGCCAGCCCUUCCGCAGGCUGGACAAGUACCCCACACUCCUCAAGGAACUGGACAGACACCUCGAGGAGGGCCAUCCUGACAGAUACGAUGUACAACAGGCCAUACCAGUCUACAAGAAUAUUGCGGAGAGAAAGGAGCGUUACUUCCUCCUGUUCCCAGGAGUCCUGCUGAUGUUAUCUAUCAGUCCUCGCAUGAGUGGAUUCAUAUAUGAGGGAAAGCUUGCCUUGUCUGGCUUGAAUAUUACCAGAUUAGAAGACGUAGACAACAUAAAGAAUGCUUUUGAGAUUUCAGGGAGUUUAAUAGAGAGAAUAGUGGUGACGACAAACUCGACGCGUGAACAGGCAGAAUGGGCGACUCUUCUGCAGCAACAGACCAAGAUUUCCCCUGUCACACCAGUGACAAGUAAGCCGCCCCCUGUACCCGCCAGCAGUAGAACACCCACCUCUACGUUACAGAGACAUCAGGUCCCACCGGCAAUCAAGGAAACUGUUCUGUAUAUUUCUGAGACGUCAAUGCCACCUUCAGGGAAGGUCCCCCCUGCCAAACAGCCUGACGUUAGCCGGUUGAAGCCCACCUCCCCACCGCCAGCCAGUGUGAAGAUGCAGAAGCUGGAGCCACCCCCCAGACAUGGCCCCUGGACGCUCAGCUGUCUGAGACCCGCACCCCCUCUCAGACCCUCGGCUGCACUACUUAUGAAAGAGGUAGGGGGAGCUGUCACUGCAAGUCCAUAUACUGUGUGCCUUUCAGGUAGUGCACAGUUGGAGGAGGAUGCAGCAGUACUGAGGGUGAUUGAAGCUUACUGUACCAGUACCAGUAAGAUGAGACAACAGAGCCUGCUGAGCACAUCAAGCAGACAAGAGCUGUACAAAGUUUCACUGGAGCCAGGGGAGACCAAGGACGCUUCUGGUAGCCAUAGCAACGGUAGCCAUAGCAACGGUGGUGUACUGAGAAGACCGUCAGAUGAUUAUGAUUAUGCCUUACUGCAGAAGAAGGGACUGAUGCACAAAUGCUGUCCAAAAAAGUAUGAUAGUUGUAACCAAGUAACAGCACCGUCCAACCAUUCAGCAUAUCCUGAGUUGAUCAUCUCUAUUUGUGUUUUGUUGGUGUACAGGAGCCUAGUUGACACUGUUUAUCAGCUGAAAGAUCAAGUCGAAGAAUUAUGCAAAGAAACCAAAAGGCUUAACAAGGGUCUUGAGGAGGAGGUAAUGGCACGGAAGAGAAUGGAGUCCAUCAUUCGCAAGUCCAUCAAGAGUUUAGCCGAGACAAAUUUUGACGAGACCAACUUGUGACUUCUACAAAAUAAGAUACUUCAAUCAU